CGUCCUUGCUCACCACCGAUUCGAAACUAGUCUGUCACGUCCAGUAUCGAGAAUCUCUGCAACUGCGAGACAUGAGUGUGCUCAUUGCUAGUUAUUUCCUUUGUAUCAAAGGCCAAUUCCAAAUCAUCUCGAAUCUUUCUACGACUUCGUGAACAGAUAACCGUUUUGAGAACGCACGCUCAAAGUGCCUCCACAGAACCAGCGAUAGCUCUCCUGAGGCCGCAAGAGCUUUUGAAAUCUUCUUCUAUGUACCCGCAUUGAAGGGCUUUUGGAUCCAACCUCCUCUCGGAUCAUGAUCUCUCGAACAACGCGAUUUCGACGAGAGUUACAGUCAUUGCUCACACAAAACAAAUCAAUCUUGAGAUCUUCUCGCGGCUUUGGUAGUAUAUUAACCCCAUCUCGAGUCGGCGCACGAGACACCAUGGAUCACAAUCAUGAACUGUUCGAAUAUACUUCCGGACAAUGGAUAUACAACGAGAAUAUGCGUUUAGCCGAAAGGCGUCUAUCCUUUAAUAUUUAUGAGCUCAAGAAAGCUGCCGCUAGCUCUAUCAAUAGGCCUGAGUCUUAUGUUACGAGCCUUCAAAAGCUGGCGGAAGGUGGCUUCAACCGAAUCUUCGAAGUAGGUAUGAGAGAUGGAACAUCUGUUCUCGCUCGACUGCCCUAUCCGUCCACAUUGCCCCGACGCUUGGCUGUGGCUAGUGAAGUCGCAACAAUGGACUUUGUCCGUGCACAUGGCAUACCGACUCCACGAAUACUUGGAUACGCCAUCGAUGAGAAUCCCGUCGGCUCGGAAUACAUUUUGAUGGAAAAACUACCCGGACGACCAAUUGGGGAUGCUUGGUUCGAUCUAUCUGAACAACAAAGGCUCCAAGUUUUGCAUGACAUUGUCGAGCUUGAAUCAAAGCUGUUCAGCAUCCAACUACCUGCUAGUGGAAGCAUAUACUACGCUCACGACCUGAAAUCAUGCACUCCCAAGGUUAGCAUACCUGGAGCAGACGGCCAAUUCUGUGUGGGCCCCUACACUGGGCUUCGUUGGUGGUUCGGCAAGCGUGGGGAUCUCGAGCUUGAUCGGGGGCCACAUGUUGAAACUCUUCGCGCCCUUCAAGCUCCUGCUGAGAAGGAGCUAACCUGGAUACGUGAGUAUGGACAACCCCGAUAUCCAUUUCACCGACAACACAGAGAAGCCUUCCAAUACGAGAAACAAGACCCAAUGGUCCACGCAAAAUCUCUAGAGAACUACCUGCUUGUAGCUCAGCAUCUCGUACCGACAAGCCCGGAGCUCAACUUUCCCGUCCUUCGCCAUCCCGACAUCCAGCCGAGUAAUAUAUUCAUAUCCGAAGACUAUAGAGUUACGAGCCUUAUUGACUGGCAGCACGCUACUGUACUUCCAACAUUCCUUGCUGCUGGUAUACCAAACUCGUUCCAAAACUAUGGCGAUGCUGAGUCAAGAUCUUUCACGCCACCACUUCCCCCGGCUCAUCUUGACUCUCUAGACGAGUUCAAACGUACCCAGGCUCAAGAGGAGUUUCGUCGCAGACACGUACACUUCUUCUACCUAGGUUUUACUCAACGAUUGAACCAGCGACAUUGGCGUGCCCUUGAAGAAGAGACAGACCUACUCAGGCGCCGAAUCUUCGAUCAUGCAGGCGAACCAUGGGAGGGCCUCAAUACAGCUCUCCAGUACGAUCUUGUUCAGGUCUCACAAAGUUGGAACAAAAUCGCUCUACUGAAUCAUGAUGGCACUGCACCAACAUGUCCUGUGUCUUUCACAUCAGAAGAAGCGGCGCGGAUCGAUGCUUUAGAUGACUCGCAUCGCGACGCGGAUGGCGACGUGGAACAGAUCAACGAGUUUCUUGGUAUAGCAUCCGACGGGUGGACCCCAAACCAACGGUUUGAGAGCGCCAAGAGCAAAGCAGCUGAGAUCCGGGAACAAGCACUUGCUUCGGCAGACGACGAUCCCUGGCUAAGAGAAAUGUCUGAGCGGCACUGGCCUUUCGAUGACUAUGAUGAGGAUGAGUGAGAAGUGAUUGACGGUGUCAUUCUGUGCUCUACAACUCGUAAACUAACUCAUCACCAUUGGGUGGUGAAAUUGAGGUGUAAAUCAAUCUGCGAAAGAAUACGUCACGUAUUUUUCUGUCUGUAGCAAACUCCGGCGCAUGCGUCGCAAUGGUACUAUAUAAGGAACCACAGCGAGAAUAGAAAUUUGAAUUGAAUCUCAAAUGCGGUCGAGCGACGACCGGUAAAACGAAUGGAAAGAAAUGUAUUGACAUGAG